UUUUUGUUUCCUCACCUGUCAGUUCUGACACGGUGCGAGUGUCCAGUCUUAUCUCUUUGUUUUUCUCCGGAAAACAGCUCUCCUUUCGUCGAGAUAAAUGACAAUCCUUUAUGGUUAUCGGGGAUAGAAUUGAGGAUAGCGUCUAACAAGGUCUUCUAUCUGCUACCGAGUUGGCCUGUGCAGGCAUGGAGCCCCUGGCAGUGGAUGAUGACAUUUGUAUCCUUAAAUGUGAGACAGCCUCUUCUGCAGCCGGCGAGAGCCCUGUAUCGGUUUGCGCAGGUGAUGAAUCCGUCGCCUCCCACUUCGCCCUGGUCACAGCCUAUGAGGACAUCAAAAAGCGGCUGAGAGACACCGAGCGUGAGAAUACCUUGCUGAGGAAGCGGGUUAAGCAGCUGGAAGAUAAGCUCUUUAGGCCAGAGGCACUUCCUCCAGAGGGACCCCAGUAUGUGAACAAAGCUUUCAGUGCUUACAGAGGUAUCUAUAUAGAGAAGGAGGAUUUGCAGAUGGAGCUUAACAAACUGAAAAAGGAGAAGAGUGAGAGUGAGAGGUUGCUGACAGAGCAGCUACAGGCCAAAGAGUUGGAGCUGCUUCAGCUGAGGACGGAGAUGGAGACCAGCCAAGGUACAGUGAUGAAGAGUCUGAACAGCCCUCAGGACUACUGGCAGGUAGACAGGCUCAGCACUGAGCUGAAGAUCCAUAAACUGCAGGAGGAGCUGGAGAGAGUGACACUGGAAAACAGCAGACUACUGGAGAGGAGUGGGGAGGAACCCCAUGGCCUUAAUGGACCAGACUUGGACCAGACCUCUGGGGCAAAGUAUAAUGCCAGGGAGAGGAACAUGCAGCAGACGUACGAGGCUUUGUGCUGCGAGGUCUCACGUCUCCAUUCAGAGCUGAAGCACCAAACGGGCCUGAUUAGGAAACUAAGGCCGUUUAUCAGUGAGAUGAGACAAGGCUCCUCAACAGUUCCAAUCCAGUGUCUGGAUGACGUAGAGAAGAACAACAACCACCCGGUCCCCCGAGCGUCAGUGCCUCGCCCCCCCAGCGCCCCUCCGCUCCCGUCUUGCUCCGGCCGCCCCUGCCCCCCCGUCGGUGUCCCAUCAGGCACCCUGCUGCCGGACAGCCUGAGAGACGACUGCUGGUACAACCGGCCGUGGCCUUCCCAGCACUGUUCAGCGGAGGCUCUGGUCGGGAGUGACACCUGCUCCGUCGUCCUCCCCCCGCCUCCCCUCAACCAGGCAUCGCUGGACGACAGCUCUCGGUCCUUCCCCAGUCCCCCCAAGCCCAGUGACGCUAUGUUCUGGGAGGCACACUCUGCUGCCUCUAACUCCUCGUCCUCUAUGGGGAACUGCAGUCCCCGGAGCCCUCCCAACACAGAGUGGGCCAAGCCCUACUGAGACGGAAUCGAAUCGCAUGGAUGAAUGAAUGAACUCUUCAACCCUGCCACAUAGCUACCACCUAACCUGCCUUAAGUUGAUAAGACCACUCCUCUGGGCUGGACUUGACUGGACCUACUGGUUGUAGGAACUAAUUAAGGCCAGUAGGGGCCUUUUUGAGGUAAAGACUCCGUAAGCUUAUUAAUUUAGCACCUCUGCGCACUGCAUCUGUGAACAUAUCUGACUUUGCAGAGGAACAGUCGACGAGAGACCCUUAACAGAAUCAAUAGUUUGUCUGUGUGUAUAUGUCCUUGUAUGCAUAAAUUUGUGCAAGCAUGCAUACAAGCCAUUUUGUUUCCGUGCGUGCAUAUAUGCACAUCAGACAGCGUGUGCCUGUGUGUGCAGAUCAGUAUGUGGGCUUCUCUUAGCCUGCCUGCAUCUGUAUCUAUUCAUAAUAAACCUAAUAGGGCUCAAAAGGCCCCUCUGUCCAUGUGCUGUGGCUGCUGAUCACUGGGACCACAGCAGGACACCGUUUAUAAAAGUGUACUCCCUCCAAUGCAAGUCUUUUUACAUCUGAUCGCUGUAAAGUAUUUAAAGAAAUGUAGUUCCAUGUUAGUCUCACACUCACAUACAGCAGAUGUGUCAGUAUAAGGACUCCAUGUGUUACUAUAAUGUAAUGGAGACAGAUACACAGUAACUAUAGGAUAAUCAUAUUUUGCUCUAAAUUGUACAUUAAAAAUUAACCAAAUGGAAUAUUUGAUAUAAAUUUUCACCAAAUUAUUGCGUCGUUUUUUUUUACCAACAUACAUACGAAUUCAUUAAAGUAAGUGAUCCAUAUGCUACAAAAUCACUUUUUGAGAAAUGCAGUUACUGUGUUUGGGUUUUCCAUGAACUUGCAUAAGGGAUAGCAAAGAGUAAUGGAAACAUUUUCUACACUGUCUUCACUGGCACCAAAAAAUGCCAACCUGGUUAUAGUUUUCUCACUGAAUUCUACAACUCAAAACAAGCUCUGAUAUGACAUGUAAGGGGAUGAGACUGUGCCCUUUGGAUGCUUCUGUGCAGUACUUUUAAUUUGAUGAACUUAUGGCAUACACUCCCCAUUAUGAAAACCUUAUUAAGUGGAAAUCUGUGGAGAUUUAAAAAAAAAAACAAAAAAAAAAACAGAAAAUGUAUGUGGACGCUGUACUGUGCUGAUGUAAUAUUACGAUACAUUUAGCAGUGUGAGGUUCAUUUGUGCGAUGAGGAAGAUUGCUCCUUGAUUUCUCUUGGUCAGUUUUCGCACAUGUAUAACCUGAAGGAUGUACAAAACGAAACACAUUUUAACCAGAUACAAGAUCAACACAAGGAAGAAUGUGCAUAUUUGUAUAAAUGUAUAUGGGUGGGCUUUAGUACUCUGCCAAAUCGCAGUUUUGCACUCCAAACAGUAGGUUUUAUUUUGUUUCUCCCCUCCACCUUAAAUGAUUCUGAUGUGUUUCAGAGCCGCCACUGACGGUGGCAAGACAAUAAGUAUUUAACUGAAGAAAUGCGAGCUGUGACUUGACAAAUGGGUGCACAAAGCACAAAGGCCCAUGGUUGCUGAAAAAGGCUUAUUUUCCAUUUUCUUCAGUCUGUUUCACGAUAACUGUGGUCUUUUUUCUUAAUUUUUAAGAAAUGUUUAUUUACAGCAGUAGUUUCAUACUUCUGUAAACAAUUUGCAAGCCAAAAUGCAAUGUACAGUAGAUAUGGAUUAUAUUUUAGAUUUACUGCACUUCAGACUGUUUGUAAAUAUGGUCAAUUAAACAGAUAAAAAGGAA